UCUAUAUGCUUUGUUCCGGAAAAGAAAUAUGUUGAUGAUGCAGAGAGUCUCAAUGAGCCAGGAGACUAUCAGCCUGGAAAUAACACAAAUAUUCUCCUUACUGAAAUUCUUCCAACUGAAGAUCCUCCUACCAAAAAAAAUACCAUCUCCAGAACCCAAAAAGCCAAUUCCUAA